AUGAAUAAUAAUAAAAUUUGUAUGAUUUUUUUGAUAAAAAAACAACAGGCUGAACAAAAUCGUCAAGCAAAUGUUAUUGCAGAAGAAGGUGUUGCUCGUACAGCUGAUUUGAUUGGCAAAGCUUUAGAUGAAGCUGGUUUUUUUGCUCGAUUAAAAAAAAAAGAAGAGCAGAUCAAAAAUUCUCUAGAUGACAUUAAAGUUUCGAAUACUAUUGAAAUGAUGAAUUUCGAUAAUCUCUUUCGACAUUUUAUAUUAACUCAAUCAUUUCUACGUGGUUGGGCAAAUUCAUUGCAUUUACAAGAAAUUUCUACCUAUCGACGUGAAAAAAUUGAUGUAAGAGGCGAAUGUUUAAAACUUGUACCAGCUGAAAAUGUACAACAAAAUACUGUUGAAAUAAUUAAGCAAAAAAUAAAAAGCAAUCAAAAUUAUACAAAUGCUCGAUUUCGUUCACCACUUGCCAAUUAUUUACUAUACAUUUGGUAGGAAAUUAAAAUCAUUUUAAUCAUUUAAUUAAUAUUAUCUUUUUUUCUUUUGUUAUAUUUAUUUGAAUAGGUUUCACCUCAAGUAGCUACAGCUCAUUUUCAACUUGUUU